CAAAACUUGAAAAGUUCAAUUUGACAAUUAUUUAUUUAUACAUGAUUGUUUUAAUUUUUUAUAGAUGUUACGCUUUUAUUUUAUACUGGAAAAUCGUUUUAAAAACAUUAAACAAUACAAAACGUUAUGUUACAAUACCAAUACUAAUGUAAACAGCCAAAUUUUAACCGAUUUAUUAGGUAUAUCUCACAAAGAAGCGAAAUUGUAUAUCGAUAAAUAUAAGUUAUUUAAUAAAGACGGAGAGUUAUUAACCCAAAAUAUUCGAAUAUGCCAGUCAAUCGGUUACCGAAACAAAGAUAUUUUAAAUUCGCGUAGCUUAUUAUCUGUGCACCCGACUGAGCUAGAACAACAUUAUAAAGCUUUAGAAGAAGGAGGUUUUAGUAAUAUUACAGCACAUGUUUUAGCCAAGGCAAGGACUUUUAUGAGAAGACUAAUUAUGGAAUUGAAAGGCAUAAAUUUAAUACCGUACUCUUUAAAUGUAUCGGAGAAUCUUGUAUCGUUCAUAGAAGACAAAAAUAUUGUUACAAGAAUGAAAACAGAUUACUCAGACGAAAUUUUAUGGAAGGAUGUUCACUUAGCAGUCUUAAAGAAUUAUUUAAUGCUUAGAUUAGACGGCACCGAAGAAGAAAUAGAAAAACUACUCCGUAUACACACAUUUGUUAGAAAUAAAAGCUUUAGAGUAAUUCAGAAAAACAUCAAAAUAGCCGAAGAAUUGGGUUUCGGGGCUCGUAAGAUUAUUAAACACGGAUAUUUGUUAGCCAAUUGUCCGAGUUACACGGAAACUACGCUCAGAGACCUCGGUGAUUUAGCUGGAAUGAAUAUGAGGCAAGCAAUGUGGCAGUAUCCCAAAUUAAUCAUGACGCCUCCUAGAAAUAUUAUUAAGAUAUAUGGAAUAUUGAAGGAGUUUGAUAUUUCCGAUGAAAUCAUAAGAAAACAACCAAAUGUAUUCCACAUGUCGCCGGAGACUGUUAAACUUCGAUUGCAAGAAAUUGAAAAAUGUCCUGACAUGAAAAUUCUGUUUCAACAUCCCAAGUUUUUAGCUUUAGUUGUACAUCAUAAUAGAGCCAAAACUAGAUUGGAUUUUUUACAACAAUCUCAAUUACGCUGCGCGACUUUAUCGAUUUUAAAAACUAACGUGAGAUACGAAUAUGAAGAAUACGUGAAAGAAGGAAAAGACGUGAAUAAAGUGUCUGACCUGUUACAUUAUCUGGAAAGAUUAUUUUCUAUUACGAGGCAUGAAUUGAAAAAGAAAAUCAGUCGUCAUCCGUAUUAUUUGCAAGUACCCUUGAAGGAUAUGCAAACGACUUAUGAUUAUUUGUUAAUGAAUAGGUUUUCUAAGGAGAGUAUUUACAAAAUUGUUUAUAUUCUUCUAUACCCUAUUGACAAAGUGGAGAAGGCCCAUGAUGAAUUAAGGAAUAGUAGCAAUUAUAACUACAAAUCACUAAGUCAAAUUAACAAAUUGAAUUUAAUGUUAUAUUUCAUGGAGAAGGAAUAUCACUUUACCGGAAAUGGAAUUUGGAAAAACGACAAAAAGCCCGAGUACACGGAAAAGUCUAUUUGAUG